UUUUUUUGCUGCUGCCGGAGUGGUGAGAACAGGAAGGUUAGAAGUGUGGGGCCCAGGCUGAUUAGUCUGGGUGUAUAAAAGAGAGUGUGCUUAGGAACAUAAGAGUGUAUUUUCAUGCUUACAGAUAGCUGAUUAACACAAGAUGUCCCGACCCACGGAGAGAAAGAAGUCCUGGUUUGAAAGAUUGUGUUCCUGUUGUGCCAGUUCCCGUAGAGAUGAUCCUGCUGAGGACUAUGCUCCAGGAGGGGACAGAAGAGUUGACAGACCAGGGGACAGACCAGGGGACCGGCCAAGUGACAGGCCAGGUGACAAACCAGAAGACAGACCAGGGGACAGACCUGGAGAUAGACCAGUAGACGGAGCAGGGGACAAACCAAUUUCGGGUGGUGGCAGUAAUCUGGAAAAUCUUCCAUCAGGAGGAUCAAGAGAUGGAGCUUUGCAGGUACAGAGCGUAGAUUUACUGAAGCAGCGCACGGGGGAGACACGAAAAGCCCAUCACACUGAUGAAUUUGAGUAUGAAGAUCUGAUUGUACGCAGGGGGCAGCCAUUCCAAAUCUGUGUUACCUUCCAGAGGGCAGUGACUAAGAGUGAUCAGAUUUGUGUUCUGUUACAGAUAGGAAAUUCACAGCCAGUCACCUUGCCUAUGGUCAGAGAAUUUGAUCAGGGUAAUUGGGGGUGUCAGAUAGCUGAAGCCAGUGGUCAAAAAGCCACUUUAUGGUUAAAUACUUCUGCUCAGGCUCCAGUGGGAAAGUAUCAGCUCUAUGUGAAAACUCAGAGUCCUGGUGGAUCUUACACGCAGCCUGCAGAUCCCAAGCUUAAGCUUUAUGUUCUAUUCAAUGCCUGGUGCCGCAUGGAUCCCGUCUUCAUGGAUAAUGAGUCAUGGCGUCAGGAAUAUGUGCUCAAUGAAAUUGGCAGAAUUUAUUAUGGUACAGAACAUCAGAUUGGGGAACGUUCGUGGAGUUAUGGGCAGUUUGACAGAGGAAUCCUGGAUGCAGUAUUGUUUCUUUUGGACAGAGCUGGCCUCUCACCAUCAGCACGAGGGGAUCCCAUAAGUGUCACUCGAGCCAUAUCUGCCAUGGUGAAUUCCAUGGAUGACAAUGGAGUGGUAGCAGGGAGCUGGGCUGGAGAAUAUGCAGAUGGGGUGAACCCAGUUGCCUGGGUUGGUAGUGUGGACAUCCUCCUCCGCUAUCAUCAGACUGGAGUGCCUGUCAAAUAUGGACAGUGUUGGGUGUUUGCUGGCGUUACAACUACAGUCCUCCGUUGUCUUGGGAUCCCAGGACGCACCAUCACAAAUUUUGCUUCUGCUCACGAUACUGAUGGUAACUUGACAUUCGAUGUAUACUUUGAUGAGAACAUGAAACCCAUUGAAGAAAAAAACAGUGAUUCAGUCUGGAAUUACCAUGUAUGGAAUGACUGCUGGAUGACACGUCCGGACCUGCCUGCUGGGUACAGUGGAUGGCAGGCUAUCGAUGCCACACCUCAAGAGACCAGCAAUGGUAUAUAUUGCUGUGGUCCUUCUCCAGUACUUGCCAUCAAGAAUGGAUUGGUGAACAUAAAAUAUGACACUCCAUUCAUUGUUGCUGAGGUGAACAGUGACAAAGUUUUCUACCAACGAAUGCCAAAUGGUCAAUUUAAGAAGGUUCAUGUGGAAGAGAGAGCAGUGGGACAUCAUAUCAGCACCAAGGCUGUGGGAUCUAAUGCAAGAGAAGAUAUUACAUAUCUUUACAAACAUCCUGAAGGUUCAGCUGAAGAGCGUAAUGCAGUACGUACAGCGUCACAAUAUAGUGGCAAACCUUUGGCAGUGGUGGAUGUUGAAGAAACAAGUGAUGUGACAUUGUCAAUUGAGACACAAGAUGGUGUCAUCAUGGGCAAUGACGUCAAUGUUCGUGUGACGCUGAAGAAUGGCAGCAGUAGUCGACGCUCUGUGUCCUUGUCCAUGUCUGUUGCUGUUAUGUAUUAUAAUGGAGUUUGCAAGGACUCAUUUAAGCAGGAGGCUUGUGAGGUGUCAUUUCACCCAGGGGAAGCAAAAUCUGUGGGAAUGCAGAUAACAUACAAUGAAUACCGUACACAGUUGGUGGACCAAGGAGCCAUGAUGCUAACUGUCUCUGGAAGUGUGAAAGAGUCAGGCCAGAAACUGGCUAAACAGCACACAUUUAGGACACGAACCCCAGACCUGAUCAUAAAGGUACAUGGAGACCCUAUUUUUGGGCAACAGAUCAAGGCAGAGAUUAUUUUCCAAAAUCCUCUACAAACAACAUUACACAACGCUGCAUUCCAUGUUGAAGGUCCUGGAUUGCAGAGGCCAAAGAUUGUACCAGUUGGGGACAUUGGGCCCUUGAAGACAGUCUCUAUUACAGAGAAUUUCACACCUAGACGCCCAGGCCCUGGUCAACUGUUAGCUUCUUUGGAAAGUAAUGAGCUGAAUCAAGUGCAUGGCACCACUGAGUUCAUAGUGCGUGCCUCUUGAAUUAACAUGGACUCAAUUCAGACCUGAACAGCAUCAUCUUGCACUUUUCAUUCAGUAUUAUUUAAAGCCCUAGGCAAAUGAUGAACUCUGGCCUUACAUUAUUUAAAUGCUGAAUGUUUUCCUUGGCGAUCAACCAGGGAUUAAUAUUCUUUGACAUCCCACAAACCAAUGUGACAAAGCUACGUCAUAUAUGAUAUUCUACAGACUGAUGAGACAUCAAACUGAUCAAAAUGAUAUCCCUAAUACCAAUGUGACAUUAUGUUGACUAAGAUUAAUGUGACAACAAGUGGAUACCUUCUAUAGACCAAUGUAGCAGUCGGACACAUGUGCAAAUGGUUGCAGUUAUAUUGUUAAGCACUACACAGGCUCACUCCUUAUAAUGCAGAUUCAUUUGAAAUACAAUGUCACUCUUUCUAAGGGGCAGUUUCAGACAUUGUGUUGUAUCUCACUCAUCAGAAAUCGUGCUAUUGCCUUUUGGAUGAUGCUCCAUUCAGACAGCAGCACCACUUGGUCCUUUAUUUUUGGAGGAAUGUUUCACUCUAUAAAGGGAAGAUCACUUAUUCAGAAUCAGUCUCACGUAUGAUCAAUACUGUCUAGUUUAGUAGUCAUACCGUUAUAUUUAUACCAAUUGCAACUAUGAAGACAGAAUUCAACAGUAGCUCUAUAUUUUGUAUAAUAACUGGGAUGAUUAAUUCUAUUUAAUGUUCAUGAUAUAACUAUUUUGAAAACACCAUGAAUGUGCCUUAUUAGAACAGUCAUUGUGAGUGAGUCAGGUAGAAAAAUAGGGCUGUUUAUGUCACAUGAAGUCAUAUUUCAGUUGAUAACGAUACAGCAGAUAUUUACCUGGAGCUAUUGUAAUAUGAGACGGAUGCACUAUGCCUGUGAGAUUCCCUUGUCAAGCUAUGCAGGAGGAUUAACAGGACUCACUAAAUGGCACAGGAACUGAACAUUCUUAAACCAUGGAAUUCAACUAAAAACAACACAAUAUCAUCUGUUUGAUUAUCAACUGAGAAAGAUGAAGUGGUGCCUCCAGUCUGCACUCGAUCUCUUCACCCUGCAAUUCUGUGUUAAACUGUUCAUACUUCAUUUUUUAGAAUAUCAGUAUUUGCACUCAUCCUUUUCUCUAAGAUUUUUCUGUUUAUGUAUAAACCACUUUUGCCUCUAAAUUGUGAUCUAAUCUUUCCCGUAUUGCCCUCCUAGCACUUAUCAUGUCCACCCAAAAACAUUCCCUCCAUCCAAAAAACAUUCCCUCCAUAAAGCUCUCUUUAUAGGUCUUAUUGUAAAUAUCUUUUUCUGUACAUACUGCACCCAACCUCUCUUCCUCCCUCCCCUUGUGACCAAUUAACCCUCUUAUGGCAGAUGAAGUUUACAAUAUGAAGAGAACUGGGACAGCUUUUCUUCUGAUAUAUGGAAAUAGCACAUCGCAUGUGGCCCCUGUAUGUCCACCAGUAGAGCCCACAUGCGUGCUUUGCUUUCUGUAAACAACCACUAAAUCUACGUUAUGAAUGUUAAAUUUGCAGACUGUGAUUAGAUAAUGCACUGGAUUUGUGUUACCACUUUUUAUUCCCUCGAAUACUCACAAAUUUAUUUUAUUUGUUUGUGUCAAUAAAUAAAUAUUUUAUAUAAUUCAACAAACAA